UGUAGUCUUUAGCUUGUGUUGUGUCUAGAGGAGUCAAAGAGUAGAGAAAAAAACAAUAUUUUUAUAGGCAAAGAUGGUAGGCCCGAUGAGACCUAAGAUUGUGCUCUUUGGCUCCUCUAUAGUUCAGAUGAGUUUCGAUAAUGGUGGUUGGGGUGCUAUUCUGGCAAAUUUGUAUUCUAGAAAGGCGGACAUAAUAUUGCGAGGAUACUCAGGUUGGAAUUCAAGGCAAGCUUUGGAUGUUUUGGAUGAAGUUUUCUCUAAGGAUGCUCAUGUGCAACCAUCAUUGGUAAUUGUGUACUUUGGCGGUAAUGAUUCCGUUCACCCUCACCCAUCUGGCCUUGGUCCUCAUGUGCCCCUCCAAGAAUACGUUGCAAACAUGAGGAAGAUUGCUAACCAUCUUAAGAGCCUCUCCGAUCAUAUUCGCAUUAUAUUUCUCACCUCUCCUCCCAUCAAUGAAGAACAAAUCCGCAAAAAGCUCAGUGCAACCCAAUCAGGAAGAACCAAUGAAUCCUGUGGAGAGUAUGCAGAUGCCUUAAUGGAGCUUUGUGAGGAGAUGAAUAUCAAGGCCAUUAAUCUGUGGUCUGCAAUUCAGACAAGGGAUGACUGGUUAGAUGUUAGUUUCACGGAUGGAGUUCAUCUAUCAGCAGAGGGAAGCAAGGUAGUGGUGAAGGAAAUAUUAAAGGUUCUAAGAGAAGUAGAUUGGAAGCCUAGUCUGCAUUGGAUGUCAAUGCCAACUGAAUAUGCAGAAGAUUCACCAUAUUAUCCUCCCAAUCCCGAUGGAACAACAACCAUAAAUGUGUCCUACUGUAUCUCACGGAAGUGGUUGCAAUGGGAUGAUCUGUAGAAAUUAUAUAUUAAUUUGCAUACCAUGGAAGAUGCUUCAUUACAAUUCAAGCUGCACCAGGCAAUAGUCAUGGAAGGGCAAGGAGUGCUAUCAGUAUGUGUUUUUUCUAGUGUAUUAAAUAUUAUAAAUCCACGCGUGCACCAACAAAGUGUGACAUAAUUAGUGGAUUGUUGAGUCUCUCAAAUUAAAGUACAUUGAUAGAGAUUCAAUUCCUAAACAUGUGUAUGAAAAACUUUGUUAGGAGAGAUUGUAUUCACUUUGGUGAUCUUCAAGAAAUUAGACUCUACCUAUCAAUGAGGCUAAUUAUAUCCUUAUAGCAUAUCCUUAAAAUAUAAUAAAUGCAUCAAUGCAUUGAUAAUGAUAAAAAAAAUAGUUGUUAAAUGGUGUUGUAUUGU